AUCAGUGAAAGAAGACAGACGCCCUAUUUUGCGGCCGACUGUAAUGGGAAGAUUGUUCAACCAAUUUCAGGACAAAAAUUGGCUGUGAAGAACACGGUUUGGCUGCAGCAGAUCCACAGAGAGGAGCCUGUUCACAUUUCACCGCUGGUGCAAGACAAUGGAGACAGAAAUUGAGCAGCAGGAAGAAGAGACCACGUUCAGCAACACUGACACUAACGGUAAACGCCCUGCCGAGGACAUGGACGAGGAGCAGGCCUUCAAGCGCUCUCGCAACACAGACGAGAUGGUUGAGCUGCGGGUACUGCUACAGAGCAAAAAUGCUGGCGCCGUUAUCGGAAAGGGUGGCAAGAAUAUAAAAGCCUUACGCACAGACUACAAUGCCAGUGUAUCAGUCCCUGACAGCAGUGGCCCAGAGCGGAUCCUGAGUGUGAGUGCAGAUAUUGACACUAUCGGAGAGAUUCUGCUGAAGAUCAUCCCUACUCUGGAAGAGUACCAGCAUUAUAACGGGAUUGAUUUUGACUGCGAGCUGCGUUUGCUGAUCCAUCAGAGUUUGGCCGGAGGAAUCAUCGGGGUGAAAGGUGCCAAGAUAAAGGAGUUAAGAGAGAACACCCAGACCACCAUCAAGCUGUUCCAGGAGUGCUGUCCUCAGUCCACUGACCGUGUGGUUCUGGUUGGAGGGAAGCCAGACCGUGUGGUUGAAUGCAUCAAAGUUAUCCUGGACUUGGUAUCUGAGGCUCCUAUCAAAGGGCGCGCCCAGCCCUAUGACCCCAACUUCUACGACGAGACGUAUGACUACGGCGGCUUCACCAUGAUUUACGAAGAGCGGGGCCGGCGGCAUGGGGGCUUCCCCAUGCGGGGCAGGGGGGGCUUUGAACGCAUGCCCCCCGGCCGCGGGGGCCGACCUAUGCCCCCCUCCAGACGGGACUAUGACGACAUGAGCCCUCGUCGGGGACCGCCCCCUCCCCUGCCAGGUAGAGGAGGGCGUGGAGGGAGCCGGGCUCGAAACCUGCCCCUCCCCCCACCCCCACCCCCAAGAGGAGGAGGGGACCGGUUCUCCCACCAGAGUUAUCACGGCAACAUGGACGACAGACCAAACAGCGACAGGAGAGGAAGACCAGGAGACCGCUACAACAGCAUGAGUGGUGGAUAUGGUGACAACAAUUCCUCGUGGGAGCCCUUUCAGUCUGGUGGCCGAGGGUCAUACAGUGACAUCGGGGGUCCCGUCAUCACAACACAAGUGACCAUCCCCAAAGAUCUGGCCGGCUCCAUCAUCGGGAAGGGCGGCCAGCGAAUCAAGCAGAUCCGUCACGAGUCGGGAGCGUCCAUCAAGAUAGACGAGCCACUAGAGGGCUCAGAGGACCGCAUCAUCACCAUCAAUGGAACACAGGACCAGAUCCAGAACGCCCAGUAUCUACUGCAGAACAGUGUGAAGCAGUACUCUGGUCGGUUCUUCUAAACAGGAAAGUGGAGUGAAGCCAAACUGCCAUGCGCAUUCUCUCCCUCAGAGCCAACAUUCCCCUGCUUUGGGUAGAUGUGCUCUCCCCCGGUCAUUUAACACACCAUCUUUUAAUUAGAAGAAGUUUGGAAAUUCUCUCAAAGCUGUCGAAUGAAUCCCUGUUAUUUUUAGCGCUGCUUGUUUUUUUUCUGGAUUCUUGUGCUGUUCUGUACUUGGAGUAAACUCAUGUGUUCUCUCUCCGCCUCCCCUGAGCCACUCCUCCCCCAGAGUCAGUACAGCAUGCAGAAUGUAAUCUUGUUUUGUAAGGAACAUUUUAUGAUUAAAAAAAUAAAUGUAG